AUGCAGCAUCCUGAGCUGUUAUAUGUCAAUAAAAUCUCUUCUUUGCAGUCUGAAUUGUUAAAAGUCAAAGAGGAUUUAUAUCGGUGCAGAAAGCAAAAGAUGAUCUAUAGGAAGAAACUGAAAACUCUUCAAACAGAAAAUCUCAAGCUUCAUCAAAAAAAUACUGAACUUAAAAUAAGACAGUUGUUGGCUGAUAAACUUGAUUCCUUACUACCGAGACAGAAACUUGUAAUAGAGCACAUGCUAAAAGCAUGCCAUAUAAAGAGCAAAAAGGUCCACCUGCAUCAAUAUAUCAGAGGCAUUAAUGCCAAAUUUGGAUUUGAUGAAGAUCUUUUUGUUAUUUUAAAGACAAAAUUGGAGACUAUUCCACAAACAGAAUGCCAGGGAGUUUUAAUUUUUGAUGAAAUCACACUUCAAAAACAUAUAGAACUUUCAAAUGCUACCAGUGAAAUGAUUGGACUUGUUAAUUGUGGUGACAAUUCUGAAUUGCCACAGAGUGAAUUUACAGCAGGUGAUCAUGGCCUAGUGUUUAUGUUCAGACCUCACUUUGCUAGUUGGGUACAAUGUAUUGGCACAUUCUGUUCAAAAAGCUCUGUCCCAGGUUCUACUGUUGCAAAACUUAUUUUGCAAGCAAUUAUUCAUUUAGAACAGUGUGGUGCGAUAGUCAAUGCAAUAGUUUGUGAUGGUGCCAGCACAAACAAAGCAGCUUUAAAAGCUUUAGGAAUUUGUGCAGACACAAAUAAUAUACAAUGCUCAUUUACAAACCCUGCUGCAGAUAGACAAGUACUGGCUAUUAUUGAUGUACCACAUAUUUUAAAAUGUAUGCGAAACAAUCUUUUGAAAAGUAGAUACUUUCGGGUAAACUAA